CGGCGUCCGUCUCCGCACUCUCCCGCCUCGCGGUGCUGCCCGGCCCGACUGCUAUUUCUUUCUCUGUUUGGGUACAGCUCCAGUCUUCUUGUCUCCGUCUGACCCCUCUGGGGGGCAUGUGUGCGAGUUCUCGUUCUGAUUCUCAGACAUUUCUUUUCCACUGUGUGGGCAGGAGACAGAUUUUUCCCCGCGAACUGUCUCCCGUCUCUUUUAUUCAUUUUAUUCUCUGUUUCUCUCCUUUCCCUCCUCCUGCCUUCCCGCCCGCCCCCCUCUUCUUUUUUCCCGAUUCCUCCUUCCCCCUUCAAUUUCACCAUCUCUCCUGCCCCCUCUCCCCGUGCCCCUUCCGCUCCCCGUGUGCCCUUUGAAAAUAAUUUUGUGAUGUCUCGGGAAUACUAGCACACUCUCCUCAUUCAUCCGAGCGCGGGACUCUGCGUUAAUUCAAGAAUUCUUCAAAGGAUUAAAGUUGCUUUCACUACUUGGUUAAAUCAGCUUUUCCCAAGAGAGAUAUUUCAGAGAUGUCACCACUAUAUGCAGGCACAGAGUGGAUGUCUGACCAACAUCUGAGCAAUGUUCUGUGAUGGUGCCCGACAUGCGUGGACUGAGCCCCGGCCGCAGGCUGCUGGAGCCCGCCCUCUGCCCGGCUGCGGGCGGGAGCCCUGAGCCCGGGGCCGAGGGCCGCCGCCGCCACCGCCACGUCCUGGCCCUGCCCGAGGAGGAGGCAUGGCGGCCCCAGCAGUGCGCCCUGCUCGAGGCCGAAGCCUCGGACGAGGCGGGCAUGCUGCCGGCCUCCCCGCGCGCCUCCGCCGCCGGCUUCGACAACUUCUUCCCGGUGCAGGAGGGCGAGGGCCCAGGCUGGGAGGGCGGCUCCAGCCCCUUCCUCCCGGUGAGCCCCGAGGUGAUGAAGCGGCGGCGCGGGGGUCUUAUCGAGCAGCGCGACAUCAUCAAGGCCCACGAGGCGCACAAGAUGCAGAGCACCCCGCAGGCGCGGCGCAAGGAGUGGGAGAUGGCUCGCUUCGGGGAGGCGGUGGUCGGCAGGCCGGGGUCGGGAGAUGGAGAUUCGGACCAGAGCAGGAACCGGCAAGGAACCCCCGUGCCGGCCUCCGGGCCGGCGGCCGCCUACAAGCAGUCGAAAGCGCAGAGGGCGCGGACUAUGGCUUUGUACAACCCCAUUCCCGUCCGGCAGAACUGUUUCACCGUCAACAGAUCCCUGUUCAUCUUCGGAGAAGAUAACAUUGUCAGGAAAUACGCCAAGAAGCUCAUCGAUUGGCCGCCGUUUGAGUACAUGAUCUUGGCCACCAUCAUUGCCAACUGCAUCGUCUUGGCCCUGGAGCAACAUCUUCCUGAGGAUGACAAGACCCCAAUGUCCCGCAGACUGGAGAAGACAGAACCGUAUUUCAUCGGGAUCUUUUGCUUUGAAGCUGGGAUCAAAAUCGUAGCCCUGGGGUUCAUCUUCCAUAAGGGCUCGUACCUCCGCAAUGGCUGGAAUGUCAUGGACUUCAUCGUGGUCCUCAGUGGCAUCCUGGCCACUGCGGGAACCCACUUCAACACACAUGUGGACCUGAGGACGCUCCGGGCUGUGCGUGUCCUAAGGCCCCUGAAGCUCGUGUCGGGGAUACCUAGCCUGCAGAUUGUGUUGAAGUCCAUCAUGAAGGCCAUGGUGCCUCUGCUGCAGAUUGGCCUUCUGCUCUUCUUCGCCAUCCUGAUGUUUGCGAUCAUCGGCUUGGAGUUCUACAGUGGGAAGCUGCACCGAGCUUGCUUCAUGAACAAUUCAGGUAUUCUAGAAGGAUUUGACCCCCCUCACCCAUGUGGUGUGCAGGGCUGCCCAGCUGGUUAUGAAUGCCGGGACUGGAUCGGCCCCAAUGACGGGAUCACCCAGUUUGAUAACAUCCUUUUUGCUGUGCUGACUGUCUUCCAGUGCAUCACCAUGGAAGGGUGGACCACCGUGCUGUACAAUACCAAUGAUGCCUUAGGAGCCACCUGGAAUUGGCUGUACUUCAUCCCACUGAUCAUCAUUGGAUCCUUCUUUGUUCUCAACCUCGUCCUGGGAGUGCUUUCUGGGGAAUUUGCCAAAGAGAGAGAGAGAGUGGAGAACCGGAGAGCUUUCAUGAAACUGCGGCGCCAGCAGCAGAUCGAGCGUGAACUGAAUGGGUACCGCGCGUGGAUAGACAAAGCAGAGGAAGUCAUGCUCGCUGAAGAAAAUAAAAAUGCUGGAACGUCAGCCUUAGAAGUGCUCCGAAGGGCAACCAUCAAAAGGAGCCGGACGGAGGCCAUGACGCGGGACUCCAGCGACGAGCACUGUGUCGACAUCUCCUCUGUGGGCACACCCCUCGCCCGAGCCAGCAUCAAGAGUACAAAGGUGGACGGGGCCUCCUACUUCCGGCACAAGGAGCGGCUUCUGCGUAUCUCUAUCCGCCACAUGGUUAAAUCCCAGGUGUUUUAUUGGAUUGUGCUGAGCCUUGUGGCUCUCAACACCGCCUGUGUGGCCAUCGUCCAUCACAACCAGCCCCAGUGGCUCACCCACCUCCUCUACUAUGCAGAAUUUUUGUUUCUGGGACUCUUCCUCCUGGAGAUGUCCCUGAAGAUGUACGGCAUGGGGCCUCGCCUUUAUUUUCACUCUUCGUUCAACUGCUUUGAUUUUGGGGUCACAGUGGGCAGCAUCUUUGAAGUGGUCUGGGCGAUCUUCAGACCUGGUACAUCUUUUGGAAUCAGUGUCUUGCGAGCUCUCCGGCUUCUAAGAAUAUUUAAAAUAACCAAGUAUUGGGCAUCCCUCCGGAAUUUGGUGGUCUCCUUGAUGAGUUCCAUGAAGUCAAUCAUCAGUUUGCUCUUCCUUCUCUUCCUCUUCAUCGUUGUCUUUGCUCUCCUAGGAAUGCAGCUGUUUGGAGGCAGGUUCAACUUUAAUGAUGGGACUCCUUCAGCAAACUUUGACACCUUCCCUGCAGCCAUCAUGACUGUAUUCCAGAUCCUGACGGGUGAGGACUGGAAUGAGGUGAUGUACAAUGGGAUCCGCUCCCAGGGUGGGGUCAGCUCAGGCAUGUGGUCAGCUAUCUAUUUCAUUGUGCUCACCUUGUUUGGAAACUACACACUGCUGAAUGUGUUCUUGGCCAUCGCUGUGGACAAUCUGGCCAAUGCCCAGGAGCUGACCAAGGAUGAACAGGAAGAAGAGGAGGCCUUCAACCAGAAACACGCGCUGCAGAAGGCCAAGGAGGUCAGCCCGAUGUCUGCACCCAACAUGCCUUCCAUCGAAAGAGACAGAAGGAGAAGACACCACAUGUCGAUGUGGGAGCCACGCAGCAGCCACCUGAGGGAGCGAAGGCGCCGACACCACAUGUCGGUGUGGGAGCAGCGCACCAGCCAGCUGAGAAGGCACAUGCAGAUGCCCAGCCAGGAGGCCCUCAACAAGGAGGAGGCCCCACCCAUGAACCCCCUCAACCCCCUCAACCCCCUGAGCUCCCUCCACCCACUCAAUGCCCACCCCAGCCUCUACCGGAGACCCAGGCCCAUCGAGGGGCCGGCCCUGGGCCUGGGUCUGGAGAAGUGUGAGGAGGAGCGCGUCAGCCGCGGGGGGUCCCUCCAGGGGGACGGAGGGGACCUGUCGAGUGCCCUGGACAACCAGAGGAGCCCCGUGUCCCUGGGCAAACGGGAGCCGCCCUGGCUGGCCAGGCCCUGUCAUGGGAACUGUGACCCGACCCAGCAGGAGGCCGGGGGCGGGGAGACCGUGGUGGCCUUCGAGGACCGGGCCAGGCACAGGCAGAGCCAGCGGCGCAGCCGGCACCGCCGCGUCAGGACGGAGGGCAAGGAGUCCUCCUCCGCUUCCAGGAGCAGGUCUGCCAGCCAGGAGCGGAGUCUGGAUGAAGCUGUGCCCAGUGAGGGGGAGAGGGACCUCGAGCCCAGGGACAGCCAUGGGGGCAAGGAGCCCACAAUCCAGGAGGAAGAGCGAUCCCAGGACUUAAGGAGGACCAAUAGUCUGAUGGUGCACAGACGCUCCGGGCUGGCAGGAGCCCUCGACGAGGCCAACACACCCCUCGCCCUGCCCCAACCAGAGCUGCAAGCGGAGAAGGAUGCAGCGCUGACGGAACAGGAGCCGGAGGGCAGCAGUGAGCAAGCCCUGCUGGGGGACGUGCAGCUGGACAUGGGCCGGGUCAUCAGCCAGAGUGAGCCCGACCUCUCCUGCACCACGGCCAACACGGACAGGGCUGCCCCCGAGAGCACCAGCGUCACCGUCGCCAUCCCUGACGUGGACCCCUUGGUGGACUCGACCGUGGUGCACAUCAGCAGCAAGACUGAUGGAGAAGCCAGUCCCUUGAAAGAGGCAGAGAUCAAAGAGGAUGAGGAGGAAGUGGAGAAGAAGCAGCAGAAGAAGGAGAAGCGUGAGACGGGCAAAGCCAUGGUGCCUCACAGCUCAAUGUUCAUCUUCAGCACCACCAACCCGAUCCGCAGGGCCUGCCACUACAUCGUGAACCUGCGCUACUUUGAGAUGUGCAUCCUCCUGGUGAUCGCAGCCAGCAGCAUUGCCCUGGCGGCCGAGGACCCCGUCCUGACCAACUCGGAGCGCAACAAAGUGCUGAGGUAUUUUGACUAUGUUUUCACUGGCGUCUUCACCUUUGAGAUGGUUAUAAAGAUGAUAGACCAGGGCUUGAUCCUGCAGGAUGGGUCCUACUUCCGAGACCUGUGGAACAUCCUCGACUUUGUGGUAGUGGUUGGUGCAUUGGUGGCCUUUGCUCUGGCAAGCAACAAGGGCCGGGACAUCAAGACCAUCAAGUCCCUGCGGGUGCUGCGUGUGCUGAGACCGCUCAAGACCAUCAAGCGCCUGCCCAAGCUCAAGGCUGUCUUCGACUGUGUGGUCACCUCCUUGAAAAAUGUCUUCAACAUACUAAUUGUCUAUAAGCUCUUCAUGUUCAUCUUUGCUGUCAUCGCAGUUCAACUUUUCAAGGGCAAGUUCUUCUAUUGCACAGACAGUUCCAAGGACACAGAGAAGGAGUGCAUAGGAAACUAUGUAGAUCACGAGAAAAACAAGAUGGAGGUGAAAGGCCGAGAAUGGAAGCGCCAUGAAUUCCACUAUGACAACAUCAUCUGGGCCCUGCUGACCCUCUUCACCGUCUCCACAGGGGAAGGAUGGCCUCAAGUUUUGCAGCAUUCUGUCGAUGUGACAGAGGAAGACCGAGGCCCGAGCCGCAGCAACCGCAUGGAGAUGUCCAUCUUUUACGUGGUCUACUUUGUGGUCUUUCCUUUCUUCUUCGUCAACAUCUUUGUGGCUCUCAUCAUCAUCACCUUCCAGGAGCAAGGGGACAAGAUGAUGGAGGAGUGCAGCCUGGAGAAGAACGAGAGGGCGUGCAUCGACUUCGCCAUCAGUGCCAAACCACUCACCCGCUACAUGCCCCAGAACAGGCACACCUUCCAGUACCGCGUCUGGCACUUUGUGGUGUCUCCAUCCUUUGAGUACACCAUCAUGGCCAUGAUCGCCCUGAACACUGUCGUGCUGAUGAUGAAGUACUACUCUGCUCCGUGUACCUAUGAACUGGCCCUGAAGUACCUGAAUAUCGCCUUCACCAUGGUGUUCUCCCUGGAAUGUGUCCUAAAGAUCAUUGCGUUUGGCUUCUUGAACUAUUUCCGAGACACCUGGAACAUCUUUGACUUCAUCACGGUGAUUGGCAGUAUCACAGAAAUUAUUCUGACAGACAGCAAGCUGGUGAACACCAGUGGCUUCAAUAUGAGCUUUCUGAAGCUCUUCCGAGCCGCCCGCCUCAUCAAGCUUCUGCGUCAAGGCUACACCAUCCGUAUUUUACUUUGGACCUUCGUGCAGUCCUUUAAGGCCCUCCCCUACGUCUGCCUUCUGAUUGCCAUGCUUUUCUUCAUCUAUGCCAUCAUUGGGAUGCAGGUCUUUGGAAACAUAAAAUUAGAUGAGGAGAGUCACAUCAACCGGCACAACAACUUCCGGAGUUUCUUUGGGUCCCUCAUGCUACUCUUCAGGAGUGCCACGGGUGAGGCCUGGCAGGAGAUAAUGCUGUCGUGCCUCGGGGAGAAGGGCUGUGAGCCUGACACCACCGCACCCUCAGGGCAGAGCGAGAGCGAGCGCUGUGGCACCGACCUGGCCUACGUGUACUUCGUCUCUUUCAUCUUCUUCUGUUCCUUCUUGAUGCUCAACCUGUUCGUGGCCGUCAUCAUGGACAACUUUGAGUACCUGACUCGGGAUUCAUCCAUCCUGGGGCCUCACCACCUGGACGAGUUUGUCCGUGUCUGGGCAGAGUAUGACAGAGCGGCAUGCGGCAGGAUCCCGUAUAAGGAUAUGUACAAAUUAGUGCGGGUGAUCUCGCCACCUCUGGGCCUGGGAGAGAACUGCCCCUACAGGGUGGCUUGCAAGAGGUUAGUCCUGAUGAAUAUGCCGGUGGCUGAGGACAUGACUGUCCACUUCACUUCCACGCUUAUGGCUCUGAUCCGGACAGCUCUGGACAUUAAAAUCGCCAAAGGUGGUGCGGACAGGCAGCAGCUAGACUCAGAGCUACAGAAGGAGACCCUGGCCAUCUGGCCUCACCUGUCCCAGAAGAUGUUAGAUCUGCUUGUGCCCAUGCCCAAAGCCUCUGACCUGACUGUGGGCAAAAUCUAUGCAGCAAUGAUGAUCAUGGACUACUAUAAACAGAGCAAGGUGAAGAAGCAGAGGCAGCAGCUGGAGGAACAGAAAAACGCACCCAUGUUCCAGCGGAUGGAGCCGUCAUCUCUGCCUCAGGAGAUCAUUGCUAAUGCCAAAGCCCUGCCUUAUCUCCAGCAGGACCCCGUUUCAGGCCUGAGUGGCCGGAGUGGAUACCCUUCGAUGAGUCCACUCUCUCCGCAGGAAAUAUUCCAGUUGGCCUGUAUGGACCCAGCUGACGAUGGACAAUUCCAGGAACAGCAAUCUCUGGAGCCAGAGGUUAGUGAAUUAAAAAGCGUGCAGCCCUCUAACCAUGGCAUCUACCUUCCUUCGGACACCCAGGAGCAUGCGGGAUCUGGGAGGGCAUCCUCUAUGCCACGCCUGACUGUGGAUCCCCAGGUGGUGACAGACCCUAGCUCCAUAAGACGUUCAUUUUCCACUAUUCGGGAAAAGCGUUCAAAUUCCUCUUGGCUGGAGGAAUUCUCCAUGGAGCGAAGCAGCGAAAACACCUACAAGUCGCGUCGCCGGAGUUACCACUCCUCCCUGAGGCUGUCAGCCCACCGCCUGAACUCUGACUCAGGCCACAAGUCCGACACCCACCGCUCAGGGGGCAGAGAGCGGGGACGAUCGAAAGAGCGAAAGCAUCUUCUCUCUCCCGACGUCUCCCGCUGCAACUCCGAGGAGCGAGGGACCCAGGCCGACUGGGAGUCCCCAGAACGUCAUCAGUCCCGGUCUCCCAGCGAGUGCAGGUCGCAGACCUCCAACAGACCGGGCACAGGGUCCCUCAGUGAAAGCUCCAUUCCCUCCGUCUCCGACACCAGCACCCCAAGACGAAGUCGUCGGCAGCUCCCACCUGUCCCUCCGAAGCCUCGGCCCCUCCUUUCCUACAGCUCCCUGAUAAGACACACUGGGAGCAUCUCCCCACCUGCUGAUGGGAGCGAGGGUGGCUCCCCACUGACCUCCCAAGCUCUGGAGGGCAAUGACGCCAGCCUGCCCGAGCCUUGCAACCCCCGGUACGUACAGCAGGGCCACCCCUCCUCCCCACAGCGCUACAUCUCUGAGCCCUACCUGGCCCUGCACGAAGACUCCCACGCCUCGGACUGUGGCGAGGAGGAGACGCUCACCUUUGAAGCAGCUGUGGCGACCAGCCUCGGCCGGUCCAACACCAUCGGCUCAGCCCCGCCCCUGCGGCACAGCUGGCAGAUGCCCAAUGGGCACUAUCGGCGGCGGAGGCACGGGGGGCCUGGACCAGGCAUGAUGUGUGGAGCCGUCAGCGACCUUCUGAGCGAUACGGAAGAAGACGACAAAUGCUAGAGGCCGCGCCCCCCUCCGAUGCAUGCUCUUCUCUCAACACGGAGAAAACCAAGACCCCCAAUUGGGAAGCCAGUGCGGCCCGGGGGGGAGGAAGAGGGAGGAAGAAGAUAGAAGGACACCGUGCAUUAUCAGAGAAGAGGAAGGAAAGGACAGAAGGAAAACCGGUCAAACCCACCAAAUCGCUGUAUUUCCCUUGGCAAGAUGGGCACUGCCAUAGUUCUGCCUCUUUGCUGGGGAAAGAAUAUACAAGAACAUGGAGGGUUAUUCCCAGGGGAGAAGGGACACGAGGAUGGCUUUGCUUCCCCUUGCCCCUUCCCACUUUUCUAUAGCCGCGGGGAUGUCAGGCCGGCCUGUGGCUAUGCCUGUUGCCCUGAGAAGCCUGGAAGACAUUCUGGCUCUUAACUGGGGAGUCAUGGAGACCCUGGGAGAGGACUCUCCUCCCUCACCAGCCCUUCCUCCUCGGCCAGCACCCCUGCCACCAGGCCAACCAUGACGGCAUCUCAUGCGUUAUCCUGUGGCUUGCAUCCCCAGAGGAAGCACAGGCUGAGUUCAGGAGCAUUGGAUGUCAAGGGUAGGAGGCAGAGAGGGAGGGGGAAGGGGAAGGGGUCGGGGCGCUGUGGUAGCAGCAGCGAGAGCCGGUCUGGGUGAGCAAAGCCAUAGGCCGGCAGCCCUCACCAUAGCGGGGGGGGGGGGGCAAAGGAGCGGAGAGCUGCUGCUGCUGGUCGCUGCAGUCCCGUCUGAGGCCUGUCACCCACUCAGUAGGUGCUGUGUUCAUUGAGGAUAGGCCAGGGAGGCCCCCUGAGGUCCAGGGAGGUGCCGAAGGCUCUGGUAAGGGUGACAUUUUCAAAGUAUUUAACAACCCGUGGGACCAGGGCACCCGCUGAUGAGCGUGGAGUCCGGCCUCAGCACUGGCACCCCAUGCCCCGACAGGCCUCACUUAGCCCGGGAGAGGCCGGGCACGGGGGAGCCCCGAGGGUGGGCUGAGUGUGGCAGGGGGGCACUUAAGGGGCUCAGGCAGAGUCAGUCUUCCAACCAGUAUAGAGGUAAUUCAGUAUGUGGAACGGCGCUGCAGCCGGCCCAGCACAUACCGGCUGCAUGUCAGCCCAGACUCUGGGCCAGGAGCAGAAGAGCUCUUUGCCAAGCAGCAAGGCCAGUGCCGUGCCAAGGCCAGUGAGCCCAAGUGCCAGUGGCCUGGCCUUCCCAGCCACUCCCCAAGAGGGCAGCACACACACAUCCAAGGUGAGCUACACAUCACCUGGUAGGGACUUCUUCCGGAGAGAUGAGAAAGGCCAACAGAUUGCAACCAGAGAAGCUUCAAUGAGAGAGUCGCUCUGAGUUUACUGAGGAGCUCCCGUGAGGGAGGGACGCUUGGACGGGCAGCUUCUGCAGCUAGUUUGUGGUUGAGGGUCAGUUUGUCAAGGAUACUUUAAGGUGAUGAGUAAAUAUACCUCAGCUUAGACCUGGGCUGUUCCUGCUAGCAAAGCAGGCUCCAGUGGGGCCUCAGUACACAAGGUGACAGGCCUGGGACCCCGGUGGUCCUGAAUAUUCCCCUGGGCUUUCCCCAUCCCUAAAGUAGAGCUGAGCAGAAUACAACCUCAGGACAUUGUUCCUAACCCCCAAAACUCGUAAGCAUUGAGAAGAAGAGAGCCCUUUCUUAGCUGAUCAGUUCUCCUUCACUGUAUCGAUUAUCCAUUCGGUGGAAACACAUCACCCCCUCAUGUCCCUCUCCAGUCCUCCAGCACCAUCACCGUUAGGUGGAAUGAUUUCCUGCAGGGGGUACCAGGCAGGGCCCUCCUCUCCCAGCCAGGAGCAGAUGGAACCUGCCUCCCGGGACCCUCCAUGGGGCGACUCAGAGGCCCCCAACUGAGAUCGCAGCGGAUAAACACUCUUUAUUCUCCUCCGGCCCAGGCAGACUUCACGUCUUGGGUAGGAGCAGUCAGUGGCUGUUAUUACGAACUUGGGUUUUUUUGUUUUGUUGUUUGUUGUUGUGGAAAUAGAAAUAAGGCAUCGUCGUAUCAGCUCUGCAAAGCCAGAUUCAACCCUGUGGCUGCAAAAUCAUUUGUGAUGGCCCUGCCUUCUGUCCUAGACAUGGAUGGAGCUUCACGGCCCAGAGCCAGCCCCCAAACCAAAGCAGUCCUGGGGCAGGAGACGAGUGAGGCAGAGACGUAGGCCUCCCACUCUGAAACCCUCGUCUUUUUUCCCUUUCCUCUCCCACUCAGCACACGCGUGUGCUCAGGGGUAACUGGGAGUGUGACUGUGUAACACCCUGAUCCUAACAGGCGGGAUUGUUACCUGAGACUCAGACUCAGGGCCUUGUACUGUCUUAAAAGGUUUCCCCUGCUCGGUGUCCUUUCCUGCCAAAGUGCUGCUAUGGGCUGCUUCGCACAAAAUUGCUUUCUUCCACCUCGGAAAUGCAGCUUUCCUGAGGGAACGGCUGACACAGGACGGCCAUUCUGCACCAGCGAGUCUAUUGCAUUGUGUUUUGAGAAUGGGUGUUGAAGUGACGUCUUACACCAUUGCAACAGGAGGCACUGAGGCUGGCAGAGCAAUUACCAGAAGUGGGAUUUGCCUGCAAACAACAUUACAGACACUCGAUUUGCUGUGCCAGGAAACCUUCCUGGACAUCUGAACUCCUUAAACUCACAUCCACACAAGCACUUGAGUCCUGAAUAAAGUGGCAUACUGCACUGUAGAUGCAGGCCCCUGACCAACUCCUUGGGCUUUUGUAGUACCCAUGAACUUACGAACUCAUCUCUUUAAUUCACCUCCCCCUGACCAAGAAAUCAGGUUUCUAAUCCCUUAGCCUGCAUUUACCCUUCUAUUAAGACCAGAUAAUAAAAGACAAUUUUCUAUGAAGUCACGGAACACAUUAGCAUAAUCUUGCAAUGGUUUCCUUCCACCUCUGAAUAAAUACGAACCCUAACCUUCCCCCAGUAGCCAACCUGGAGAUCCAUUCCUAGGUGUCAGAUUCUGCCUCUUUCCCUUGAAAAGAUCCCCCCCACCUUUAAAUCUCAAAACCUGUGCUUCUCUUUGGAUUAAAAAGUAAGGCAGCAUCUUGAGAAAUUCCAAGCAAAACAGAACCACCACCAGUGUUUGAGACACACAGCGUGCUCAAACUCAGCACUGUAGGUCCCCUCGGAAGAAUCUUUCUUUAGCUGUACGUCCAGUUUCCCUUGCCAAUGUGAGCCUUCGGGAUCCCCUCAGAAUAAGAAAGAGGGAGGUAGUGGGGAGAGGAAGGGAAAAAGAAGGAAGGAGAAGGAAAAGAAAAGAAACCAAGGCAGAGAGAUGUUCUAACUAGGUUUGUGUUUAGAUACUCCUCUUUUCACUUAAGGCUCCAGACAGACUUCUGGUGGGGAAUUCAUCUCUCUUUCCGUGUACGCAAAUGUGUGUCCCGCUGCCUGUCUCAGUCACCAAGGGGGCAUGAGCGCCAGCAGGCCUUCAGACAAGGGGGUAGAGCUCUAGGCUCUAGGCCAAGGUGCCGUGAGCCAGGGUCAGGAUAGACUUACCUACACCGUGACGGGACGGUAUCCUUGAGGGUCCCCCAGGCUCAACAUGAGCCGUGAACACAGCCGCCCAACGUGGGGCUGUGUGUUUUUCUAGCUGAGGAAUCUAUUUCUGAUCUGGGUUUCACUUCUCCCCAUUCAGUGUUUCUAUGAGGUACCGAAAUCACUGAUACCAGUUCUCUGAAGCUGAGCUCCAGAUCUGCUGGUUUUGCCUUCCCUUGACUCUGCCACCACAAAGAGAAGACCCCAUGUUCCACCACUCGGCCAGCACGCAUCCUCCACACACAUCCUCCUUCACAUAGGCUAUGUGAUGAGCCUGGGCGCCCUCUGUCCUCCCAGCCCAGCCCUUGCUUUGCCACACGUUAGUAAUGACCCAACUCCUGAGAUGGUUAAGUCCACCCAGUCCAAGCUUAUCUGCCGACCUGCCUGACUCUGCUGGGCUCUCUGCCGUUAGGGCACGCUUGAGCCUCAUGAAAUACAGUCGGGGACUCACCUGGUGAUACAAGAUGAUCUGAGAUAGUGUAACGUGCAGAACUCUCGCUGGUGUGUAUGAAUCGUCCACAUACUCGAUGAAAGCCCAUCGUAGGGAAAUCAGGUCUCUCCUGGAGUAAAAUGGAACAAAAUUGAAUAACUUUGAUGCUUUAAGAAAGUUCUCAGUUUUUCAUUACAUCCUUAUUUCUAAAGCCUGCUCUAGAUGCCUCGUUUUUGCACAGAAUAUUUCUCUAGUGGGUCAAGCCGGGGAUAAGUUGAGAGAUUCUUUAAUUUCUAAGCUCAGCUAUAAUACAUCUUAUGAGGUUGUAUUGAGAAAGGGGUGCAUGUGUAACAGGAGGGGAGCAGAAAGUCACCUACUUUGCUGAGAUUUUAUGAGAAGGUUAAGGAACGUUCACUGCUAUUUUUAUCAGUUUCAUGUCUCUUAUGUUUGAGAUCUUAAAGGCCCAGUGCCAGUGUAUGCAGAGAAUCGGGGUGAAGAGAGGCGUUUCCAUGCCUUGGGGUAGAUUCUUCCUCACUUGCUUCUCACCCAUCCUGUCUGUCCUUCCCCCCCUGGUUUCCAGAGCAUUGAGCACUUCCCUGGAGUUCCGGGAGAGGACUUUAUGCUGUAGGAAAGGAGGACAGUGGCCCCAUGCAAGUGGCCAGUCAGGGCAUGAUGGUUUAACUCCAGACAGGAGCCCCAUAGGGAAUCAGGUCCCGGUUUGGAUAACUAUAUAUCCACACUGAGACUCUUAUUUUAACAAAAGCCAAACGAGAUUAACUCAGGAGUUGCGACCUAACAUUUUCACAAGGCGAUCAGAGGAGAUCCCACGUUGAUAAACACUGCCUCUGUCGGGAGUGUUGUCUUUUUGAUUUUUGUUUUCUCCUCUCUGAACCACCCAGUCAUCAUAGGCAGGUCUAACCCAGCAAAGCAGCAGCCCGUGGUUUCUCUGCUGGCUCUAGUGGCAGGCUCAGCUGCAGCUUGCUGGAGCGACUGUCAGCUGCCAUGUGCUACAACUCACCCUGUCAGAGAUAUAGAUGUACCACUUGGGGGCAGAAAAGACUAGGAACGGAAAGAGCCGUCUUUGGUUUCUGAUGGCCGUCUUUUUCUUGAGUCCCUUCUGCUUUGAGCCUCUGAGGCUUAGGCAUCCCAGAGAGAUCACUCCAAGCCAAAGAUAACUGAUUCAUAGAUUGUCCCAACCUACCCAAGGGCCUGAAAAGCGGCUCUUAAAAUUCAAGCCAGUUAGUUAAGAAGCAAGAAUGGGACUCAGAGGAGAUCCUAUCACAUUGCUGGUGAGGCUGGGGUGUCCCCAGACUGCGCUUCUAUUUUUAUAGUCUUACUUCCUCCCCCCCAUGCUAAAAAUAGGGGGGCUGGUAUCUUGACCUUCUAAAUGCAAGAAGAGAUUUUAUAAUAAGUCAUGCUGUGAUGUAAAUAUAUUAUUGAGAUUGAUUUUAUUUUUGAUGUGGACCAUUUUUAAAGUCUUUAUUGAAUUUGUUACAAUAUUGAUUCUGUUUUAUGUUUUGGUUUUUUGGCCCUGAGGCAGGUGGGAUCUUAGCUCCCCGACCGGGGAUCGAACCCACACCCCCUGCAUUGGAAGGCGAAGUCUUAACCACUGGACCACCAGGGAGGUCCCUGAAUUCUUAUUUCUGGGGGUCUGAAAGAGCUGAGUAGAUCAGGUAAAAAGAGAUAAGGGGAUUUAUGGGGGUGUUUUUUGGAUUUUUUUGUUUGGUUAGUUGCACUUUUUGGUAAGAGACCUGCUCUAGAACAGCAAAGAAGGGUAAACGUGUGCUCUGCAUUGUUUCUGAAUUAGCUUCUCUUUAGGAAUUAAUUUCUGUCCAAUUUAAUGAUGUGAUAUUUAAGUCCAAAAUCUGAGGUUACACAGUACCAGCUCUAUUUUCUCUCUCUGGUUUCCUUUUUGUCUUCUUUCUCCUUCUAAGUCAGCUUCUGUCUCUCAUUUCUCUGUCUCUUCUCCUUUUAGGGACUUAACAUAUUAUCUAGAAGACUGAAAAACUCUGAAAACACAGGGAAAGCCAAGGAAAUAAUAGAAUGGAUACAGAAUUUUUCUAGGACAUCUUUAACCAAUAAAUACAAAAUUUAUGUCUUGAUGAAAAGAUAAAAAAGUUUAAAAAGGGCAUAGUAAUCUGGUAAAUGAAAAUUAUUGAAAGUCAAAAAUAAUAAAAUCUAUCCCAGCCUUCUGUACUAACCUGUGCCUUCAGCAGGGUAUCGCCUCUCUCUACUUUCUUUCCCUUAUUAGGAAAAUUAAAAUACUAAUGCUUGGCUAGGUCAUGGGUGUGUCAAGCGUUUGCAAGUAAGUUACUAACUCAUCAUUUAAAUAAAGCACUUAAGUCUCCACAAAUCAGUUUAGAAAACUCUUCACUCCCUAUAUCCCAUUUAGGACCUAUGACAUUCUUGGCAUUGCUGUAAGCAUUUUCUUUUUUUUUUU